CGCGCCGGGCUGGCUCAGUCGAAAUGGGGAGGCGAUAGGCUCGGGAGCACAAGAGCGCGCCUGCUGGCUUUGCUUUUGCUUCGCUUCGCUUUGCUCGAGCGAGCCUUUCGUUAUUAAGGUGGUGGGAGUUUGCGCGAGAACCAGCGGUUUUCCCCAGCAGAGGAGGAAGCUCUUUCCGUGGAUACGGCAUCCUGCUCGGCAACAGAGGCUGUGGCUAUCCAGUUGCUUCUUGAAAACCAAUACAAAAUAGAGGAUAAAUUCCUUAAUUGCUGUUGUAACUUCGAACAAUCUCUAAGCAAACUGUUGUACGUUGAGGACUACCUUUAUUUUGGAUUGCCUUUGCUCUUCAUAGCUAUCCCUUGCAGGAACAAAAAGUGUGAAAAUAAAGAAAUAUAAUAUUCUUAGAAAAUAAAAGAUACCCUGAUGGACCCUGUGAAAUAGAAAACUUCAUUCCUGUUGCACAACUUUAUACAAAAUAAAUAAAAAUAUUCCAGCAAUCUUAAAGAACAGAAAGUUGAGCUUGUAAUACUCUAGAGUGAGUUUCAUGGUCCAUCUUUGAAUAAGAAUGGAUAUUCACAGCAUCUCUGGAAAACAAAUACAUUUGGUUCUUUUCUUAUGCCAAAUUAUUACUGCAUUGGAUGUACCUCUUGAUUCAAAACUUCUUGAAGAAUUGUCACAGCCUCCAACAAUAACACAGCAGUCUCCAAAAGAUUAUAUUGUUGACCCAAGAGAGAAUAUUGUAAUACAGUGUGAAGCAAAAGGAAAACCAUCUCCUACCUUUUCAUGGACACGUAAUGGAACUCACUUUGAAAUAGAUAAAGAUCCACGAAUAAGAAUGAAGCCUCAUUCAGGAACUCUUUUAAUAAAUAUUAUUAAUGAAGAAAAUGGAGGAAAAGCAGAAUUAUAUGAAGGUGUUUAUCAGUGUACAGCAAGGAAUGUGCUUGGAGCAGCAAUUUCCAAUAAUAUUGUUAUAAGAGCAUCCCGAUCUCCUUUGUGGACUAAAGAAAAGCUAGUUCCAGUAAGAGUUAUUGAAGGUCAAUAUGCAAUUCUUCCCUGCAGGCCACCAGUAGGGUUACCACCACCUAUAAUAUUUUGGAUGGAUAACUCUUUUCAAAAGCUGCCUCAAAAUAAUAGAGUUUCACAAAGCCUAAAUGGAGAUCUUUAUUUUUCUAAUAUAAUACAAGAAGAUAGCCGUGAAGAUUAUAUAUGUUAUGCAAGAUUUAACCACACUCAAACUAUUCAACAGAAGCAACCUAUUUCAUUAAAAGUUCAACCAGUGGAUUCAUUGAAUGAAACAUUAACUGCUAAUAUGAGUGACACUGAUUUUUAUGGUGUCAGAUUUUAUUCAGAAAGACAGCCAACUCUUCUAACACCUCCUGGAAAUUCAAGUAGCAAAAUUGAACUAAGAGGAAAAACUCUCAUGCUGGAAUGUAUUGCAGAAGGAUUACCUACACCAUUAAUCCGUUGGAACAAAGAGGGUGGUGAUCUUCCUGUCAACAGGACUUUCUUUGACAAUUUUCAUAAAACCCUCAAAAUUAUAGAUGUUUCUCAAGCUGAUUCAGGAAAAUACAAAUGUAUGGCAACAAAUCAUUUGGGUUCUGCUUAUCAUGUUAUUACAGUCAGCGUCAAAGCUGCCCCUUAUUGGAUAAGAGAACCUUCAAACCUUGUAUUAUCUCCCGGAGAAGAUGGCUCCUUGAUUUGUAGAACGAAUGGCAAUCCUAAACCCAGCAUAAGCUGGUUAGCAAAUGGAAUUCCAGUUGAAAUUGCUCCUGAAGAUUCAAGUAGAAAAGUUGAUGGUGAUACAAUUAUUUUCACUAAUGUGCAAGAAAGAUCAAGUGCUGUAUACCAGUGUAAUGCCUCUAAUGAAUAUGGAUAUCUAUUAGCAAAUGCAUUUGUGAAUAUUUUAGCUGAACCACCAAGAAUCCUUACUCCAUACAAUAAACUUUAUCAAGUCAUUGAAAAUAAGCCUGCAUUGCUAGAUUGUGCUUUUUUUGGUUCACCUAUGCCUGAAGCUGAAUGGUUUCAAGGAAUGAAAAGUAGCGUUCUCCAGGGCAAGGAGUAUGUUUUCCAUAAAAAUGGGACCUUGGAAAUUCUGAAAGUCCAGAAGGACAGCAGUGGCACAUACACCUGCAUAGCAAGAAAUAAACUAGGAAAAGCACAAAAUAAUGUUCAGUUAGAAAUCAAGGAACCCACAUUGAUUAUUAAGCAGCCUGAAUACAAAGUAGUACAAAGGAUGGAGCAGGUUUUCUUUGAAUGUGUAAUUAAAUAUGAUGCAACAUUAAUACCUACAGUUAUAUGGUUGAAGGAAAAUGAUGAAUUGCCAGAUGAUGGACGGUUUAUUGUAGGUAAAUACAGCUUGACCAUUAUGAAUGUCACUGAUAAGGAUGGUGGAGAAUAUACUUGCCUAGCUAAUACUACAUUGGAUAGUGUUUCUGCAAAUGCUGUACUCACAGUUGUGGCUCCUCCAACAGUUCCACCUAUUGUUUACGAUCAUCCUGAUCCACCUUAUGAUUUGGAAUUAACAGAUCAUUUAGAAAGAAGUGCUCAACUCACUUGGAUACCGGGCAAUGAAAACAAUAGCCCCAUUACAAGGUAUAUUAUUGAAUAUGAAGAUGCUUUGCGUGAACCAGGAAUAUGGAAUUACCAAAUGGAAGUCCCUAGUGUGUUUACAACUGUAAAGUUAAAGUUAUCACCAUAUGUGAAUUAUUCAUUUCGUGUAAUAGCUCUCAAUGAAAUUGGAAGGAGCCAACCAAGUGAAUCUUCUGAAAAGUACUUUACAAAACCUGCAAAACCAGAUGACAAUCCUAUUAAUGUUCACGGGAUUGGAACGGAACCUAAUAAUUUGGUGAUCACUUGGAAGCCUUUAACGGAUUUUCAGUCCAAUGGUCCAGGUCUUCACUACAAAGUCAGUUGGCAGCAGAAUGAUGGUGAAGAUGAAUGGACAUCUGUUACAGUUGCAAAUGUAUCUAAAUAUAUUGUAGCUGAUACACCAACUUUUGUUCCAUAUGAGAUAAAAGUACAAGCAUUAAAUGACUUAGGACCUGCACCUGAUCCUUUAACAAUAAUUGGACAUUCUGGAGAAGACUUGCCAAUGAUUGCUCCAGGCAAUUUACAAGUACAAGUUGUAAACAGUACGAUAGUGAAAGUGCAGUGGGAUCCAGUUCCAUUGAAGUUUGUCCGGGGUCAUCUUCAGGGAUACAAAAUUUACUAUUGGAAAGUCAAAUAUUUAUCUGGAAAAAUUAAGCAACAUGUGGAAAAAAGGAUGUUGACUUUCAGUGGAAAUAGAACGCAUGGAAUGGUGCCGGGACUAGAGCCUUUUAGUUCUUAUAAACUGAAUGUAAGAGUGUUUAAUGGGAAAGGAGAAGGACCAGCAAGCCAAGAUGAAACAUUUAAGACUCCAGAAGGAGUUCCCAGUGCACCCUCUUUUUUAAAGAUUACCAAUCAAAAUCUGGACUCUCUUACUUUGGAAUGGGGACCACCUUCUCAUCCAAAUGGAGUUCUGCUGGGAUACACAUUAAAGUUUCAACCAAUUAAUAGUACUCAUGAAUUACGUCACUUGGAAGAGAUCAAUAUUCCUGCCAAUGAGACCAGCUUGAUUUUAAGCAACCUGAAUUAUAGCACUCGAUACAAGUUCUAUUUUUAUGCACAAACAUCAGUUGGAUCCGGAAGUCAAAUAACAGAAGAAGCAGUAAUAAUUAUGAAUGAAGUGCAACCAGUGUAUCCAAGGAUCAAAAAUGUUAUGGCAGCAGCUGCUGAAACUUAUGCCAAUAUCAGUUGGGAAUAUGAGGGUCCAGUUCAUGAGAACAUUUAUGUUGAAUAUGGUGUGGCAGGCAGCAAAGAAGAAUUGAAAAAAGAAAAUGCUAAUGGUUCUCGGAGCUUCUUUCUCUUAAAAGGAUUAACACCAGGAACAUCAUAUAAAGUCCGGGUUGGUGCUGAGGGUCUUUCUGGUUUUAGGAGCUCAGAGGCUGUAUUUGAGACAGGUCCAGCAAAGGCAAGUCGGCAGAUUGACAUUGCCACUCAAGGAUGGUUCAUUGGUCUUAUGUGUGCAGUUGCUCUUCUCAUCUUGAUUUUGCUCAUUGUUUGUUUCAUAAGGAGAAAUAAAGGUGGAAAAUAUCCAGUGAAAGAAAAAGAAGAUGCACAUGGUGAUCCAGAAAUACAACCUAUGAAAGAAGAUGAUGGAACUCUUGGUGAAUAUAGUGACGUGGAUGAUCACAAGCCUCUGAAAAAAGGAAGCAGGUCACCUUCAGACAGGACUGUGAAAAAGGAAGACAGUGAUGAUAGUUUAGUAGAUUAUGGAGAAGGAGUCAAUGGUCAGUUCAAUGAGGAUGGGUCCUUUAUUGGACAAUACAGUGGGAAAAAAGAGAAAGAACCUGCAGAAGGAAAUGAAAGUUCUGAAGCUCCUUCCCCAGUUAAUGCAAUGAAUUCAUUUGUCUAAUUAAAGAAACUGUUCCAUA